AGAUCACGUGACACAGACAUUUGCUGUCGCGACUCUGUGACAAGCACCAUCGCGAUCACCAGGAAUCAACUUCCACGGCGGCACACGACACCUACCUACCCCUAGGUCCCUGCGUUGCCAAUUCCCUCGCCACAGACGACAACAUUCAGGAUGUCGGGCUUCGGAGAGUACCCACCCAACAUGGCGCCGCAGGAUGCGCUCAUCGUGCGGCAAGAAGCAGAGCCCGACCACGCCGUCGUCCCCUACACGGGCGAGGAUCUCGCCCGCCCCAAAGUCGGCCCCGCGAAUCCCUUCAAGGACGAGACGAUUACUCUGAAGCGCAAGAAUGUGCUCACAGGAAUGGCCGAGGAGACGUACAUCUCGGAACACACCUUCCGUAGCAAACACCGCGCCAUCGAGAGGAAAGGCGGUCCGGAGCGCGAGUACCAGACGGGCGCUGCCGUCAAGGAGGAGAACGCGCGCAUCCGCUCGGCGCGCGAGGGCAAGGGCGACGCCACAGUGGUUGAGGGUGAUGGCGCCUACGUCGGUCCCUGGGCGCGGUACAGGCGCGACGAGUACGAGGUCGUGCGCGAAGGCGAUGAGCUGGCAAGCGACGAGGAGUACGAGGAGGUGACGGACCCGGAGGACGACGACGUCGUUGAGAGUGGCACCGUGCUGCGCGCUCCUGAGGCGGCGCUGGCGAGGCGGAAGGAGGUCGAGGAGAUGGGCGAGGAGACGACGACGUUCCACGGCGCAGAGGAGACAGACUACCAGGGCCGCACCUACAUGCACGUGCCGCAAGACCUCGACGUCGACCUGCGCAAGGAGCCCGGCAGCUUCACCAACUACAUCCCCAAGAAGCAGAUCCAUACGUGGCGCGGCCACACGAAAGCCGUCACGGCGCUGCGCUUCUUCCCGGCGUCGGGCCACCUGCUGCUGUCGGCGUCGGCCGACUCGACCGUCAAGAUCUGGGACGUCUACCACGACCGCGGCCUGCUGCGCACCUACUCGGGUCACGCCAAGGCCGUCUCGGACGCGACAUUCAACAACACCGGCACGCAGUUCUUGUCGGCCAGCUUCGACCGGCAGAUCAAGCUGUGGGACACGGAGACGGGCAAGUGCCUGAGCCGCUUCUCGACCGGCAAGACGCCCCACGUUGUGCGCUUCAACCCGUCGCCCGAGCACGCCCACGAGUUCGUCGCCGGCAUGUCGGACAAGAAGAUUGUGCAGUGGGACACGCGCGCCGGCAACGAGAUUGUGCAGGAAUACGACCACCAUCUCGCAGCCAUCAACACUAUUACCUUUGUCGACGAGGGCCGGCGCUUCAUGACGACGUCCGACGACAAGUCGCUGCGCGCGUGGGACUACAACAUCCCAGUCCCCAUCAAGUACAUCGCCGAGCCAUACAUGUACCCGAUGACCCGGGCGGCGCCGCACCCGAGCGGCAAGUACGUGGCCUUCCAGUCGUCGGACAACCAGAUCGUCGUGUACGGGGCCAACGACAAGUUCCGGCAGAACCGCAAGAAGUCGUACCGGGGCCACAACAACGCCGGCACGGCCAUCGACGUCAGCGUGAGUCCGGACGGGCAGUUUCUGGCCAGCGGCGACACGCAGGGGUUUGUGUGCUUCUGGGACUGGAAGACGUGCAAGAUGUACCACAAACUCAAGGCCGGCGACCAGGCCGUCACCUGCGUCGCGUGGCACCCGCAGGAGACGAGCAAAUUCGCCUCGGCCGGCGCCGAGGGUGACAUCCGGUACUGGGACUGAUUUUUGUCGUUAAUCAGGUGGUUUGGGGAGGCUUGUUGUAUUGUAUGGAGUGCAUUGCUUGGCGUUGGGAACAGGAAUCAAAAUGGUGUUGUCCGGAGCCUGAUGCUCCCGUCUUGUUGAUCUAUCUGAUUAUCUUUGCCAUGACUCCUGCCGCCUGUGCCCGGGAUAUGUACACCAAAUGCCGGGUGGAAACUCACUCAUCCGUCACAAUGUAUCCAUCACUCGACGAUGGCCGGUCUCACCGCUCUCGAGAGAGGCUCCUAAGCCUGCAGGCGCCGUAUCACCGAAGGAUUUCAUCAAUGGUCCCGAGAAUCGAGGCUUGUCUAGACUCGGCAACCCGGCGAAAUACCUUGCCAAGCAAGACACGACCACACCUUGACAGACACCCCUGGGGGGGAACAUCGCCUUGAGGUACAUGCAUCGAAGGCAUCCGCACACGCCAGUCACAAUACGGCUUGGUACGGGCAUUAGUGUGCGCCAUUCCCACGGGUUAGUUGGCUUUGGUCCAACCGAUCUGCC